CAAAUAAUUAAUAUAUCAAUAAAAGUAGGGUCCAACAUUUUUCAUAUAAGCUAGGCAAAGCGGAAAUCUUGGGAACGCACUAGUCAAGAAAUGCAACUGUCUGUCAGCCCCCUUUGGGGAAGAAAGAUCAUAACAUAACACAACAAAUGUCCUCCACCACCACCACAUUCUCCGACGUCCACCCAGACAUUGUGGAGGCUCAAAUCCUCGGCCGCCUCGAUGGCCCCACCCUCGCCUUCGCAAGCUGCGUCUCUUCCCAACUCCACUCCUCCUCCCAACAAGACCACAUCUGGACCACCAUCUGCCACUCCACCUGGCCCUCCACCGCCACUCCCCUCCUCCGCCACCUCAUCUCGACCUUCCCCGGCGGCCCCCGUUCCUUUUUCUCCCUCUCCUUCCCUUUCCUCCUCCCCACCACCACCGCUGCCGCAUCUUCUCCGCCGCCGGUCCUAAUUUCCGCCGUCGACAUCCACUACAAGAACAAGCUCGUAUUAAUCGAAGUCCACGAGACCGAGACCUUGACCGGGUGGUUCCGGUGCUCCCCUUUCAGAAUCGACCUCUUGGACACCAAAGACGUCAUCCCCACGACCGUAUGCCACUCCGACAGCGACGAAGCCUCUGCAGAACUGGCGGAGGAGAUAAGUCUGAGCUGGGUUCUGAUCGACCCGGUCGGCCGGAGGGCGGCGAAUCUCUCAAGCCAGAAGGCCGUAUCGGUGGAGCGCCACUGGCUGACCGGCGAGGUUCAGGUACGGUUCGCUUCGAUCCUCGCCGGCGGGAACCGGAGAGGACCCACGUCGGAGUUGGUGCAGUGCGGGAUAGUGGUGACGUGCGGUGGUGGAUCGGAGGAGGGGGCUGGGAUGAUGCAAUUGAGGGAGGUGAGUUUGCUGGUGGAGGACAUGGAUGGAAUGCAGUUGACGGGGAAGGAUAGUUUGGUAAUUCUACACAACGCUUUGGAAGGGAAAAGGAAAAUAAAAAAGAGGGAAGAGGAAGAGAGGCGGAGAUACAAAGAGUAUUUGGAGAGGAAGAGGGAGAGAAGAGAGAGAAAGUUGAGGAAUGAAGGGACCUUGGAUACAAUGUUUUAA